GCUGUUUUACUGUACUCUCCAGUGAAAGCAAACGUUUGAGAAUUGUAAAAGUAAACAAAUUUUUGGCCGCGAAUAAAAUAUAAACAAUGAAAAACAAAAGAUUAAUGCAUCCGCGUAAUAUUUUCCGGACGCCGCCGGAUUACACAGCACUAGCCAUCAAAUACAAAGACUUUCGUAAAGUCUGCAAAUUGGAGCUUACUGGCAAGGUUUACAUAGACUAUCGCAAUGAGGCGACAUUGCGCGCGCUCACACAAAUGCUGCUGGAAGAGUACUUUCAACUGCACGUCGAGUUUGCACCCGGCAGUCUUGUACCCACUUUGCCGCUACGUUUGAAUUACAUUUUAUGGCUAGAAGAUCUGAUUGCGUCUGCUAAAUUAACUGCUGCAGCAGAAAUACACGGUAUUGAUAUAGGCUGUGGCUCUUCCUGCAUAUACUCGCUCUUAGCGGCGCGUAAAAACUCAUGGCACAUGCAUGCGCUUGAGUCAAAUAACAGCAAUUUCACAUAUGCACAAAGCAAUGUAGCAUCUAAUAAACUGGAAGAGUUUAUAGAAAUAUACAAACAGACUGAUAAGCAAAUUAUUUUCAAAGACUUCUUCAAUGCCAAACCAGACGUAAACUUUCAUUUUUGUCUCUGCAAUCCACCAUUUUACGAUUCUUCACUACCUAAUCCGUUCAAUGCUCGAACAAGGAAUGAGGACAAACGUACACCGCCACACAACUGUCACACGGGUCAUAACGAAGAGCUGGCUUGUGUAGGUGGCGAAGUGCAAUUUGUGCAGCGCAUUAUUGAAGAUAGUGCGCUUUAUCCACAGCGCGUUUGCAUUUACACGUCUAUGUUGGGUCAUAAAAGCAGUGUUGCGCGCGUUAUGGAUAUUUUGUCUAAGAAACUCAUUAGUAAUGUGUGUACUACGGAAUUUUGUCAAGGCAACACCACACGUUGGGGCAUUGCUUGGAGUUUUAGUAGUGAUUUCAAACUGCAGAAUUAAGUUCUAAUUUUAGUUCGAUUUCAUAGAUAACUAGCGUAUGAAUUACAUCUAUUAAAACAUUUUAAAUUAUUUUGAAAUGCCAA